AUGAUGAUCAAUGCCCUUUGUGAAGAAGUGCGUAGCCUGAACGGUGCCUUUUUUCUCAUACUUUUGGCGGGAGCAGUGGAAUGCUUAGCUUUAAGGUCAGUUUGUUUUCGGCAGGAAUUUCGCAUGGCUUGAGAAAAAUGAGAACACCUUCCGAGAAGCGGUGUGGGGGCGGAACCAUCGUGCAAACCAUUGUUUUCUCGAGGCUGUUUUCAACGAGGGAUUGCUUAAUGCUCUGGCCAUUUGAGCCUAAGGACCGAAUUCCUGAAAUUCUGAUUGGCUGUACUUCCACGUCGCUAAAAUCAGUCCUUGCUAGCAGUUGGAAUAUGUUUCUGGGCACUUUCAGUGUUGUUCGCACACCCCACUUCACAAAAACUGAACGAUGAGAGAAAAGGUGGAAAUACCGCUGCGUCAGUAAAAGCCGACAGUGACGUCAACGCCAUGCAGGUGCACCUGUCGAGCGCACUAGGAUGGGAAUAUUUGGACCGUAGGACGAAGCAGCGGCACAAUGCACCACCACCACCACCACCACCACCACCACCACCACCACCACCACCACCACCACCACCACCACCACCACCACCACCACCACCACCACCACCACCGGCGGCGGCGGCACAAUCCGAUCAGUGA